UAUUUUGCUCACGUGUUUGGUUAAAUGGCGGCUCAGUGAAGCAUCCAUUUUUGAGAGGAUAAUCACGCCCUUGAUGAGUGAACCAUUUGACAGUAUUUUAAGUAACUAUGGCGACAAAAAGACCUCGUGCAGAUGAUUCCUCUCCUGAAGUUUCAAUGAAACAUCCUAAGACUGAUGAACAUAAGAAAGUCCCGCUAACUGUACCUAGUGAAUCUUCUUCUACUUCAUCUCAAGCAUACAUUGCACUCCCUGCUAUUGUUCCAACUGUAUCUUCUGUUUCUACAAACCAGCAGCCACCUUCAUCUUUGAAUGUUCCUAGUGGUAUUAUUCCUUUAGGAUCUACCCAUCACCAUAAUGUAGCCUCAUCUCAGUCAUAUCCAGUGACACAUGUUGCAGCAUUAGCAAACUUAUCAGCAUCUUUAUCUCGCUCUGUUGAUACCCAGUCUUUGAUUACGCCAACAACUGCUGUUGUCAUCCCUACACCACUUGUACCAUCAGUGACUCCGAUUUUGCCUUGUACACCUCCUCCACCUUAUUCUACUUCAGAAGUGACUGAUGAGUUUUCAUGUUCAUCGCCCUCUCAGUUUUUGCAUUCUCCGAAUACAAUUCAGACGACAUCUCCUUUAAUGGAGAGAAGACCUUCUUCUCCUGAUAAGCUGAGAGUGAAUGAUGACACGAAAAGUCUUCAAAUGAAGAUAUUAAAUUUGAAAAGGGCAAAAGAAAUUGAACUGAAAGUUAGUUAUGAGAAGAUGUUACAAGAGAAAUUUUUUCUUGAAGGAGGAGGCAAUAUGAUGGAUUAUCAAGUUUGGCGAAAGAAACCCAACAUCCUCAAGGAUCAGUAUCUCAAACAGAAUGAUCUUGAUUCUGACAUAUUGGUUUUUGAGGAAUUGCUUUCUCCUCGUGAUCCAUCUCAAAUAAGAGAUAAGCUAGAGACUGAAGCACUUUUGGAGGAAGACACAUCUAUUGAUAUGGAUACUUGUUCAUUUUCAAGACAGUCAGCAUCUGCUGAUGUUCAUUCUAGUAAUGUUGUUGCCGUCACGGUUUCACAGGCUUCAACAAAUAAUUCUCUGUAUCAACCAUCAACUCCUGCCAGUAAUGUCACAUCCCCUUCUCAUUCCCUUAAUCUUUCCUCUCCUCGACCUGCUCUUCGUAUGCAUUCAACAUUGUCAUCAGUACCUGAUGUUUCUCAUGAAGAUAUUGUGAUGAGAGCACGACAUGAAGCUGAAGUUAUGAAAGCUAUUUCUGAGUUACGUAAGGAAGGAAUGUGGUCUGCCAGUCGUUUGCCUAAAGUUCAAGAGCCAUCACGUAUUAAAACACAUUGGGAUUAUCUUUUGGAAGAAAUGAAUUGGCUGGCAACUGAUUUUGCCAAUGAAAGGAGGUGGAAAAUUAAUACAUGCAAAAAGCUUUGUCGUACUGUUGCACGUCAUCAUCAGGAACAAGAACAGCUAACUGAGAGAGCAAUUAAAGAAGAGCAAUUAAGGCUCAAGAAGAUAGCUUCAACACUUGCCAAAGAAGUGAGACAUUUUUGGGACUCUAUUCAAAAGAUUGUGGAGCAUAAACAUCAUGUUAUACUGGAAGAGAAACGUAGACAAGCAAGGGAUGUCCAUUUGAACUACAUUGUGGAUCAAACUCAAAAGUACUCAACAUGGUUAAUGCAAGGUUUGAAUCCACUGGAGACAACUGAUCCAUCAUUGACAUCAACUGGAUUGCAAUCUGGUGCUACUGAUGAUACUAUUUUUACUCCUGUUGCUGAAGAUGGAAGUGAUGAUGAAGAAACAAUUGAUUACGAGGAAGUGACUGCAUUAAAGGAAGGUGGUGUUGACUAUGAAACUGAAAUAAGUCAGCUUCUUAUUGAAGGAGAGAUGCCAUUGACUGAUUUAAUAGCAAGUAUUCCUGGUGGUGCUCUAGAAGAUAGAAGUACUGAAGAUCAUAGUGAUACUGAAGUGAAAAGCCCUGCUGAAGAAAUGGACUGUGAAGCCAGUAAUGAUGAUGAUUACUCUAGCGUAUCAGAUGGUGAUGAUCCUGAAGAUGAAACUACUAUUGCAGAGCAAGAGGCUUUUGAAGAAACUGAUGAUCAUUCACAAGAGAUUAGCAUGCUUGAGGAGGAAGGGAAAUUACCUGUAGAAGAGCUAUUAAGGCACUACAUGCAGUCAAAGAGUGACAGUACAUUUAUGUCUGAUGUAGAGACUGACUACAGUGGAUCUUAUGGUAGUCAUGAUGAGUUUAGUGAUAAUGAAGAAGUUGGAGAUGAUGAUUUAGGCUUAGAGUCUUUGGUUUAUUUUGAUGAUGAGAAGGAAGAAAUAGGUCAGACUGAGCAAGGCUUUAAUGAUGCAGCUGCUGCAGCUGAACAGUUUCAACCCAAGGGAACUACCCUUUCAACGACUGAGGUUAAAACAAAGGUUCCUUUUCUGUUGAGGCAUGAACUCAGGGAGUAUCAGCAAAUUGGUCUAGACUGGUUAGUAGCUAUGAAUGAAAGAAGAUUAAAUGGUAUUCUUGCUGAUGAAAUGGGGCUUGGGAAAACAAUUCAAACAAUUGCACUACUAGCUCAUUUAGCUUGUGAAAAAGCUGUUUGGGGUCCUCACUUAAUAAUUGUACCUACAUCAGUUAUAUUAAACUGGGAAUUUGAAUUCAAGAAAUGGUGUCCAGGUUUCAAGAUUCUGACAUACAUUGGUACCUUUAAGGAGAGAAGACAAAAAAGAGUUGGUUGGUCAAGACAAAAUAGUUUUCAUGUUUGCAUCACUUCAUACAAUAUCGCUGUUCAAGAUCACAGAGCUUUUAAGCAGAAAAGAUGGAGAUAUUUAAUAUUAGAUGAGGCUCAGAAUAUUAAAAACUUUAAAAGUCAGAGAUGGCAAACCCUUUUGACAUUCAGUAGUCAGCAUCGGCUUUUACUUACUGGUACACCAUUACAGAAUAACUUGAUGGAGUUAUGGUCUUUAAUGCAUUUCUUAAUGCCCACUGUUUUUUCAUCUCAUUCUGACUUUCGUGAGUGGUUUUCAAACCCUUUAACAGGGAUGGUUGAAGGCAGUCAGGAGUAUAAUGAAUCAAUUGUGGAGAGACUACAUAAGGUUCUUCGACCUUUUAUUUUAAGGCGAUUGAAGGUAGAAGUUGAAAAACAGCUUCCCAGCAAGUAUGAGCAUGUGAUAUUAUGUAAACUGUCAAAGAGGCAGCGGUUUCUAUAUGAGGAGUACAUGUCUAGAGCCAAAACCAAGGAAACUCUCUCUGCUGGAAGCUAUCUAAGUGUCAUUAAUGUUCUGAUGCAAUUGAGAAAGGUGUGUAAUCAUCCAGAUCUGUUUGAGUUACGGCCUGUCGCAUCACCUUUUUGUAUGGCAGGCAUUGUGUAUGCCACUGCAUCAAUGGUAGUGUCUGCUUUAUCUUGUGAUCCUUUUAAGUAUAUUUCCAUGGACAACUUAAAUUUAAACUUGGCAUCUAAUGAACAGACUCUAGAUGCUUUUGUUGCUUAUCGUUCUCGACAACUUCAAGCCCCUCGUUCAGCUUUUCAAGAUUUGAAUUCGCAUGUUUGUGAAGACGGACAUAUAGAUAACAAUCUUGUCACCAUGGAGGAACGUUGUCACCCUUGGGUUGAUUUAGUUGAUUCUUUGAGUGACAGAGAAAAGAUUAUGAGAGACACUUUACAUCGUAUAAACAGUUUUCGCUGUCGUAAACAACCGAUGUAUGGAGAAGACAUGAGAUUAGCCGUGCUAACAACUCACAUGCCUAAGAUUAAUUUUAUGAAAUUUUGUCAGUAUUCUUGGUUAUGGACUGGUUACCUUUUUUGCCAGCUGCAACAAGUACUACCAGCUAAAGAUCUGAUUUUGUGCAGUACUCAAGCAUUAAGGCAUAUGCUAGUUUCAUAUGACAACCGAAUGGCUGGACUACAUGAUGUUCUGAAAAGAUUUUUAUUGACAGUUUGGUCUGUUAGUGCACCUGCUAUCACAUUACAUACAAGUCAUCCUGAUCCUAGCAAUUAUCAAAAGGAUAUUGCAAACAAUAAGUUGUUGUACUUGACAGUAUCUCAAAUUGCUGGGUCACUCUAUCCUGUUUCAGUUUCUUUUAAACUCCAGUUUCCUGAAACAAGAUUGAUACAAUACGAUUGUGGUAAAUUGCAAACCCUGGAUUUACUUUUAAGAAGACUUCGGACUGAAGGACAUAGGGUUCUUAUAUUCACACAAAUGUCUCGGAUGUUGGAUAUUUUAGAAAUAUUUUUAACUUUUCAUGCCUACACAUACUUGAGAUUAGAUGGUGCAACACCAGUUCAACGAAGACAGCUAUUAAUGGAGCAAUUCAACAAAGAUUCUCGAGUUUUUUGCUUUAUACUGUCCACCAGAAGUGGAGGCUUAGGUGUUAAUUUGACUGGUGCUGAUACUGUUAUUUUUUAUGAUUCUGACUGGAAUCCAACAAUGGAUGCUCAAGCACAGGAUCGUUGUCACAGGAUUGGUCAAACGAGAGAUGUUCAUAUUUAUAGGUUGAUUUGUCAAAGAACAGUUGAAGAAAACAUUUUGAAGAAAGCUAGUCAGAAACGGCUUUUGGGAGAUCUAGCUAUUGAAAGUGGGGGAUUUACUACCGAUUUUUUUAGAAAGUCUAAUCUUAGUGAACUCUUUCAUGUUGAUACUUCGCAAGAUAUAGAUUUAUCUGGCAAGGAUGAUGCAAUUACAUCAGAGGAAUUGGAAGAGUUGUUGUUGCAAGCAGAAGAAGAUCGUGAUGUCAAAGCUGCUGAAAUGGCUAGAGCAGAACAAGUGGCUGAAAAAGCUGAGUUCGAUGAACUAUAUUUGGCUCAAUCAGAUAGCAUUCAGACUAAAGAUGAAGAUAUUCCUAGAAGUAUUUUUGAUGAUGAGUUUUCUCAUUUAAGUGAACAACUUAGUGGUGUAGAGCAAUAUGCAAUGCGUUUAUUGGAGUUAGAAAGUUUGAAAAAAGUUGAGCAGCUCAUGCGUGAAGCUGAAGAAAACAUUGAAAUUGCUAAAAAGGAAUGGGAACUUGGACAUUUGCAAAGGCUUAGAGAAGAAGAGGAAAAGGUUGCACAGGAAGAAUUAAUUGAGGAAGGUGCAACAGACUUGACAUAUGAUCGACCUGAACUAAUUAAUAAGAUAUUGGUUGAUGAAAUUUCAGGAGAUGAUAUGCCUCUGUGGUUACCACCUACACCUCCCAGUGAUGAGUUAAUUGACCACUAUGUUGAUAUACCUAUGGAAAUGUUGUAUGAUGCGACUUUAAUGGGUCCAGAUUCAUUGUCUAACUCUGUUGUGUACAGUGAUGAAGAUUAUGAUGUAUUUGGAUUGCACAAAGUUUUUUGUGAACCUAAACCUACACGGAAGAUGCAUAAGGGAACAACGAAGUUUAAACGGGAAAAUAUAUCAUACCCGCAAAGUUUAUUUUGGCGCCGUUAUACUCCAGAUGUGAUGUCUACUCGGAUUAGAAAAUUGUCACCACAGAGUAAGAAGGAUGGUCCAGAUUGGUUGUCGUUUGAAGACUGGAUCCUUAUUAGGGGACUGACAUCAGCUCUGGAACUUCCCUUGUUUCUUAAUACUACUGUGCCUGCACAAAUGCCUAAUUGGACUAUUUUAGCUGAUUUUGUGACAUCAUUAGGAAAAACGAAACGUUCAGCAGUGCAGUGUAAAGAUCGUAUAGUAGGAGUUUUAAUACCUCGUGAGGAGCAAGCUCAUAGAGUUAAUCCUCAAAAUUUAAAAAAUCGUCGGGAUCAUCGUCCAAAAAGCCAUAUCAUACAAGAUAAGGGGAAAGAAAGUACCUCGCUUUUUGAGCAUUGUUUUCAUUGGAUUUUGAAGGGAGACUGGAAAAGCAAACACCAAAGUAUUUCUAAUUCUUCUGAUGGUUCGCCUCGAUGUUCAAUGCAUAAUGAACUUCUUCAAAAGGAAUAUGACAUUACUUAUGGAUUUAUUCAAUGUCCAACAUCUUUAGCUCAAUCAAGAGCAGAAAGGAUUCAGUCAGAAAUGCCGCGUUCUUCGUCUCAGAUGCAUCAAAUUUUAAGUCAAGCUCCUGUUUAUAAUAUGCCUGUGGCGAGAGCUAAUGUAGGGAAGCCAUUUGUUUCACCUGAUCCUAUGAAGCCAUUUUCUAAUAGUAUUGAUUUUAACCAUACUAAUACUACUGCUGCAGCAGCAAAUGUAUCUCGUUCUAGUGCAGUUUCUUCUGUAUCGUUGACUCAGCGCAUGCAGUCAACUAGUACAUGUAUUUCUUCACUAUCUAGUGAAACAUUUCUGCAAACUAGUUGUACUGGAUCAAGUACACCCAUUAUUUCUUACCCAAUAAUGGGAAAAGCGGGACAGUUUCCAUCAUCAACUGUUGGUACCAUUUCAUCAGUGCCAGUAACGUCAUCAAGCUCCUCUGUUAUUCCAAGUGUACCAAAAUCGUACUCAAGUGUUGAUAUCAGUAAAGGUCUUUUCUUAGGGCAGAGACUAACACAACAGCAGCUUCUUCUUCUAAAGCAAACAGCUUUGCAGCAACAACAACAGCAGUUUCAACAGAAACAACAAACUGGAUCGCAGAUUUCUCCUACAACAAUUGCCAAUGUCCUUCAGAGGCAAGGCCAACAUCAACAUUCAAAAACUUAUCCAAAAGUUCCAGCAUCAAGCCCUUCUAUACAGUUACCGGCAAAAUUGCAAAUACCUGGCAUUGAGCAACUUCGAUCAGGUACUAUUGCUUUACCAAAUCAGCGUGUUUCUAGUACAUUAGUAAGAGCUGGUCUUCCUGCGAGAAGUAUGCAAACUGAUGAAGUAUUAGCACUCCUUCGUCAACAGCAAGCUUUGAGGUUAGCAAUGCAGAACCAAACGGCAACAAAGUUAUCGCAACAGAUUGCUACUUCUCAAGCUGGAAUUAAUGAAGCCUUAGCAGUAGCUGCAAUGGCAGCUGCAUUAAAACCAAGUGGCAAAGCCAGCUCUACUGAGUCUUUACGUGAGUCUCCUGAACAAAGUGACAAAAAAACUGAUGAACCAAAUCAGUUUAACAAAUAAAUUAUAUUUAUUUUACAGUUGUUCACUUCUUUAUGCACUCUAUUAAAGUUGUUAUUGUAAUUGUUUGGUUAGUUGAUUCAGACCAUUAUUAAAGGAUGUAUUUUUACAGCUGGAAA